AUGUCAACCUCCCGCGCUGUUGCAGCUCUCGACUGGACAAAGCUCACUGUCUCCCUGGGUUUACAGAAAGAGACAGUUGCUGCUUUGAUUGCUUUUCGUAAGCGUAACGAAGAAGCAAAGAGAGUUGUCGCUACGCUUAAGGAACAGAAGACUGAUGUAGAUUUCGAGCAUUAUAGAAAAAUAUUGAAGAACUCGGCAAUCGUAAAUGAAGCAGAAAAGAAUUUGAAGGCCUUCAAGCCAAAUAAGAUUGACUUGGCCAAACAGUUAAAAAUAAUUGACGAGUUUGAAGCGAAAGCGGUCGCUAAAGCCCAAAGAACUGCUUCAAAGGUGGAUGCUGAGCUAAACGAUCUACAAAAAACGCUUGUCAACAUUGAGCAAGCGCGACCUUUCGAAGAUCUCACGGUUGCCGAUGUAGUUGGAGCGAAACCAGAGAUCAAUGUGGCUGUAGAGAAAAUGCUGAAACGAGGUCAAUGGGAAGUGCCCGGUUAUGAGGAGAAGUUUGGAGGUGGACCAAGCUAA